CAAUGGUUUCAUUGGCGACAUUAAGCUCUUCCAUUUCAAGAAGCAUAAUAACCGCAGAAGGCUUGAGCCCAAGCUGGAGAGGUUUUAUAGAAGUCGUCCGGAUCCUCUCGCUGGCGGCCUUCUCAAAGGGGUUAGCUUCAGCCCAGACAAAAGCAAGUUGAUCUGUAUCACGAACAACAACGUGGUGCUCAUAUGGCGGCUAUCAAAUAAUGGGCAACCAAAAGGUCAUCCGUUCAGAGUUGAAAGAGAGUACACCAAGUCUAUGGUUUCUUACGGCGUGACAUCGGCGACACUAUUCUUUGCUCCCUCAAGGCGGCCUUACAUCCUUACGACGACUUCGCCAUCGUUCGAGCGAGCCGCCAAUAACGGACGAGGGGAGUGGUCAUACAUCAGUCCUGUUGCGCCAUGUCCAGUCACAAUGCCGCCAGAUCUAGAACACGACCUCACUAGCCUACGCGCCAAAUAUCUUGUGGGGACCGUGACCUCGAACGGUGGCCUUGUAGCUGUGCUUGAAGAAGGUGGCAAAAUCAAAAUCCUCAGUCUGGCUGGUGCCGUAAAGGGUGGUAUCGGUUGCAAGAGGGAGGUAGAUGAGCAAUGCGUCGUCCAGCUAUCAUCUCAAGAAAAGGCAUCACCCACAUCUCUGCGGUUUCUCGAGUCGCCUGAAGGGUUAUAUGUAUUUGCAAUCGAUCAAAAGGGCAAACUGAUACGGCACAAAUGGACCGACCAAAAGGUCGAAAAUGAUUGGGAAGACGAACCUGCACCACCAGCAGAGCUCCCAAGCAUCGAGCCCAUCCCGCAAAUGGCAGAACUGCCAUCCAACUUCACCAGCUGGGAGCUUCCAGCGGUAUCCUCAAUCAAAGUCGGAGGCCAAAGCGUCAUCAGUUACGGCUGAGAGGUAUAACAUUACGGGUACCUUUUCUAUCGACUAAGCAGUGUCCCAGAUUCACUCUGUGACUUUCCAAAUAUCCGCAAACGGAUCAUAACUCGGAUCCUCAUGUCUAUCAUACUCAAUCCCGAUCGUCAGCUCCUUCGCCUUCGCCGCCCCA